GGCUCAAAUUCAGUUUGCCAAAAUGUUCUCUUUCUCUGGGAGUCCUGAAGUUUCCCUUCUCUUUGCAUGUGAGCGCUGAAAAUAUAUGUGUAGUCCUUGGCAAGUUGCUGGCUCCGUGUGACCUUGUUUGCACCCUUACUUGCUUGAAUAGGGGAUUUGUAUGCCAGGGCUUAGAAAGGGGUGAUUUGCAGGCUAGUAAGGGGUAACGCUGUGAUUAGAAAUUCCACGAUCUGACAGAAUGCACAUUUGACCUGCUAGUGUAGAAUAGAUCAUUACUCCGUUAUGUAAAUAUUUUAAAGUUCAAGUUUGAUAAGGAUCAAUGACAGAAAUAGGUGGUGUGUUCCUACCUGUCUGUAGAAGUACUUGCACAUAUUGCAGUGUUUGGUUUGUAACUGUACAAUAGUGGCUUUGAUUAAUAAUGCUUUAUUAGUUAUAAACACAGACUUACUGAAUAAAUCCUACUUACUCUAUUGAAUGGCUCUCCAUGCCUACAUAAAACCAUUUAAGCAAUUAGAAUACUGCUAUAGUAUUUCUCUGUAUUGUAGACUUUGUUGUUAGUUCUCUGUCAGCUUUCCUGAAUUCCUACAUAGGAUUUCUGCUUGACCACCACUCUUGGCACAAAAAGGAAACAUGUCCUUUCAAGUUUCAUUUCAUGAAGAGAAAGGGCGGGCGUGGUAACACAGGGUUUCAUAGAAUUGUAGAGCCAUGAAAGUUGGAAAAACCCUUAAAGAUCAUCCCAAGAAAAGAGGAGGGGGUGGGGGAAAGGGUGUGUCUCUCCCUCUGACCUUUGCUGUCCUCUUCUGUGCCAGGAUCAGAAAAAUGAGAGUGGAGAGGCAGUAUUUGUGUCUCAAAAGAGUAGAAGAAUAUGCCUGAGAAAUGUGGCAUUAGGCAUCUUGUGGAGAGCUCACCUCUGUCUUUUUCUAGAAGACAAAGGAUGGUUUGGAAAUUUGCCCUGUCCGUUCUUCUGAUGGCAGCACUGGUCCGAGUGUCGGAGGCCAAGAAGAGCCGCCCCGCAGGUGCCAUUCCCUCCCCGUACAAAGGCAGCAGCAGCAACCACUCGGAGCGGAGGCAGCAGCUGAACAAGGAGGUGCUGGCCUCCAGCCAGGAGGCUCUGGUGGUCACCGAGAGGAAGUACCUCAAGAGCGACUGGUGCAAGACGCAGCCGCUACGGCAGACGGUCAGCGAGGAGGGCUGCAUCAGCCGCACCAUCAUCAACCGCUUCUGCUACGGGCAGUGCAACUCCUUCUACAUCCCGCGGCACGUGAAGAAGGAGGAGGAGUCCUUCCAGUCCUGCGCCUUCUGCAAGCCACACAAGGUCACCUCUUCGACCGUGCAGCUGGAGUGCCCCGAGCUGGACCCACCGUUCCGACUCAAGAAAAUUCAGAAGGUCAAGCAGUGCCGGUGCAUGUCUGUGAAUCUGAACAGCUCAGGCAAACUCUGAGAACAGGCACGUAGCUGCUGCUUGGUGUUGUCUCCAUCAGCUUUACUGCCGCCUCUCCCCUCCCACUGAGCAGACUGUCCAUUUCGUUGGUUUGUUUCUUCUUUUCUUUUUUUUUUUUUUUUUUUUUUUUUUUUUUUUUUUUUUUUUUUUUUUGGUGUUUUGUUUUCUUUCAGGAGGCAUCUCUCCAGCAAGGAAAGGCUCCUUGUCACUUGCCUACUGGAAUAACGCUUUAUAACCAGCUGUGUUAGGCACUUCACCAUAAAGUUUCAUUGUAUUUUAAAUAUCUGUAUUUAAAAAUCUGGCUGUUGAAUCUUCUGGAGUGGAGCAGGCUCGCAGAAGUUGGGAUUGAUCAUCUAAGUGACCAGUUGGCUGAAUCCAGCAUUAAAUGUUUCCACUGUGUGGAGUAAAGCCCUCUGCCCUACACUCCAGUUCCCUCCACAAGCUGAGAACGCCUUCCCCGUGCUUUGGUCUGGAGCUUGCUUCUCUCACUUGGAAGUGCUGGGGUGCUGCCCAGGACUGAGGGACACGGAUGAGGGAGAGUAACGAGGAGUAAUGUGUGAAAAGCAAGUGAGACUUUCCGAUGAGGCUCCUCUCCUUAAGACAGCUCCAAUUGUGCAAUGACAAAUGAUUCUGGGCUUGUUGUCUGAGCGGCAGAUCAGAAGCAAGGGGAAGAGGGUAAGGCGCUGGGUCAGCCGCGGUGACCACAGAGCAGACUGAGGGUGGGUUCUGAUGCUGUUGUGGUUAGAGUAUAUUGAACACAUGGCCCCUGCAGCAGUGUUUAUUUUGUAACCUAGCUAUAGUAAACAGCUGUUUAAAGUAUUACAGACCUAGCCAUGUAUAUUUUUCUUGUGGCAGAGUAUGCCAGCGAUUAAAAUAUGUUAAGAGACUUGGUUGCUAGGUUGGCUGCCUGGCUUAAAAUGGACAUGGUUUUACUAUGCUUUUGGUAGGUUUUUGUAUGUUAGAUAUGUGUGUGUGUGUUUCUUACUCCAAAAAGGACAGCAUCCAUUUAUUACCUUAUAUUUAUGCCUGCUCAAACCAGGGGAGGUAGAAGGGUAGUUGCAGAGAACGCUUAAGGGAAUGAUGUGUCCCGAAAGGUAUAAAAGCACUGUCACACAAAGGACAAAGUUUGGUCAUUGCUGGACUGAAUACAAAAGCUGCAUAAGUGUCAUCAAGUUUUGGGAGUGGUGUCUCUCCCAUGAUUGGAAACCAUGCUAAUGUGUUAGUAUUAAAGGACAAACGCCUCAAUCAGUGCUGCUGGAAUGGGUCACAGCUGUGGGAGCAGGGAGAGAGUAAGUUGUAAUUGCUACACUAUUGGUGGUCCACUCAGUUUUUGAGACCUGCCCAAUAAGUGUUGGUGAACACUUGCAGUUCAUGUUGAAUCAUACUAUGUUGUUAUUCAGUUGAUGGAGUUUAACAUUUGUCCUGUAUAUCCCAUUUGUUACAGUUCUGAUUAGUAUUAGUCCCAGCUGCAUUAAAAUCCUGUCUCAAAUCAGCCCCUUCCCCCAAACCAAAGCUAGUGCACACGCAGUUGUCUGAAGCUUACAAAUUAAAGAUGACACGCCGACUCCCUGUGCCUGUCACACUGCUCAGCAUCUGCAGCCUGCUGCUGAGCUCUCCCCAGCAGCCUCAGUGCACGCAGCCACUUCAAAGGGUUAACGUGUUCAGUCACCAGCCGGCCGGGGCUUCAGAGCCACAGCUCCCCGUUAUGUGACACAGGCCUCCCUAAGAGGCUUUGAGGACUGAUCUCCACAAGAGCCCCAAGCGGUUUACAGGGGCUGCCGUGGCCAGGGGGACGUUGGUCGGCUCUGGCAGCCCUGUUACACGAACAGACAUCGCUUUUCUGCUCUGACCUUCCAACGUGUCACAAGUGCACAGGGAGACUCCUGGCACAGGGAAUGCUUUAGGCUUUAGGGGCUGCUGCUGCUGCCCUGUGGCAUCAUACCAGCCCCAGGAUGGGCACAAUUCAGACUCGGUCAGUCUUGAGAGUGUGGGUGGGGUGCAGAUGUGGAAGGUGGCAAUAUAGUCUACUAAGACUCUGGGGAUCUCAGUCUUCACCUGAAAGGAAUCAACUGAAAGUCAGACACUUUAGACCAGAGCGAGAAAAGCACCCUAGUAAAUUCACUUAAGAAAAACGUGCAAGAAUCUUUACCUUUAAGCUAUGUCCUGCCUGGGUUUUUCACCAGUUUGCAAUAUGAAUAUGCUGCAGCUUAAAGCUCCUUCUAGGAGCUAUGUUUAUGUAAAAAACUGAGUUGAGCUUGUAAUGGUUAAAACUGUAUUUAAUUCUUGUUUUAUAAAUGAAAACAAAAAAUGAAGAAAUGCUUUAAGUAUAAUGUAAUUAUUUUAUAGGUCAACUAUUAAAUUAUAGAUUAAAUAAUAAAGCUACUCUAGGGUUA